UAUUUAGUUAGAGGCAACAAAGAUUCACAUAGUACUAUGGAAGACGGUUUAACAGAAGUUCAGAGCUUACUUCCUCAUCUGAAUCAUCACAGUUCAGAAGAUGGAUCCAAAAGAGAAGAUAUUGAAGAAAAUGAAGAAGGGUUUGUCUCAACAGAAAAAAUUGAAAAUGAUAUCAAAGAAAAAGAUCUUGGAAUAGAUGAAGCUAAAGAAGUUAAUGAUGGUGGUGAAGGUGGAGGUGUUAUUAACAACUUGAUUUCCACCUUUAUGACUCCUUUGAGUCCAAGAACAGGGAAACCUAACUUUCAACAUGAAAGUGGGAACGAGGUGUUUGAGAAAGAUGAAGAGGUUGAUCACAAUAAUGGUAAAGAGAAAGGACUAAUCAGCAAUUUGGUUUCUAAUUUCUUUCAUAGAAGUGAGAAGGAAAAUGAAGAUGAAGAAAUCAUAGUUGAUGAAAAGAUUAAAAGAUUGAAGACAGAGCAUGAGGAUAAUAGUGGCGGUGGAGGAUUUAUUCAUGACAUCGUUUCUCAUUUACAUUCUCCACUCUCAGAUGAUGCGGCUCCUACAGCAGAUGAGGCCACUAUUUUGAUUAACUCUCUUGUUCGUGAUUAAGCAGACUGAGCAAUUCCUUUGUAGGGGCAUCAAAAUGUAAUUCUUUUGCAAUGCAGGGGUAUUAUGUAGUGUAUUUUUUUUUGACAGAACAAUGUACUAGUUUUAUUAUGUAUUUACUCAUCUGCUUUUUCUUUUACCAAAAAACUUUGUGCACAAGUCACUGAUAUUUGCAAUCUUUUGUUUAUUUUUUUGGGCGAACUUUUGUAAUGUGACUCACUUGCCGUCUUAGUUUUA